GAUCACCUGAAAAAUACAAUACGGGAUUUCCAUACAAAUCAUCGUUUUGCAUCCUCGUACUUUCUCGCGAGGGCCAUCUUAUCUCAUUUAUUUAUGUAUUUAUUUGUUUAUGGGGGCGGGGGGGAGGUGUGCAGUUGUCGCCGACAGCCAACAGGGGGCAGCAGAGCGUCAGCCAUGACGUAGUGUUUCCUAUUGUGUGUCCCAUGAUUGGGUUGUUGACGCCGCCCCUCCAAGGCAAGGCGGGCGGACGGCACAGUCACACGCCGACCGCGGCUCCCUUCCGCUCGCCGCAAACACGUCUCCACGGCGACACCAUGUACGGAAAAGAAAGCGUCUCCGAGGAGCGGCACGUCUGUGUGUUGCCGACGCCGACGCUACGAACGUUCAGCAUGUAGACUCCGCAACGACGAGCCUCGCCUCGCCUCGUUUCUUUUGGUACUCGCGCCCCUCACCUGUCAUUAUCCCAAUCCGGCCUAUGCAAUUGCUGUUAUUUCUCAAGUUCGGUUGUCCCAGCGGUCCUCGGGUGCGCAAAGCGUCAAGCCCACCGGCCGAGCGCGACGGUAGCCCAGCGGCACGCUCAGCUGCGGGUGGGGUUGGGGGGUGGGGGGGGGGGGGACGUAGCCAAACAUGGCAUCGGCCGCCGAGCACGACUUGGCCCUUUCCGAGGCGGACGGCGGCAAGGAGAAAUCUCAGGUGUUCGGCAUUUUGAGGCUGCAGGAGGAGAAAUUUAAUGUCUCUGAGAAAUCUGUCCCCACCGUGAAGGGAGGAGGGGGGGCAGGAGGAGGAGGAGGAGGGGACGGCCGGUGGCAGGCGCCCAUCUUCGCGUUAGCCAGGAAAGCCUCGGAAACCAUUUCAGGGAGCAUUCACGUCCUGCCUAAAGUGUCGGAGAACAGAGCAUCCGUGGCUGGAGACUGGAGCGUUCAAGCUCUGCGGGAUCCAAUGGCCAUGGAGCGGGCCAACCUGCUCAACAUGGCCAAGCUGAGUAUUAAAGGCUUGAUCGAGUCGGCGCUGAGCUUCGGAAGAACGCUGGACUCGGACUACCCGCCUUUGCAGCAGUUCUUCGUUGUCAUGGAACACUGCCUCAAACAUGGACUGCGAGUGAAAAAGUCCUUUCUGGGAUUUAACAAGUCUCUUUGGGGCCCUCUGGAGCUGGUGGAAAAACUGUGUCCGGAGGCAGGAGAGAUCUCAGCCUCUGUACGAGAUCUUCCGGGACUCAAGACCCCUUUAGGUCGGGCCAGGGCGUGGUUGCGACUGGCCCUCAUGCAGAAGCGGCUGGCCGACUAUCUGCGACUCCUCAUCACCAGAAAAGAUUUGCUGUGCGAUUUCUAUGAGAAUUCAGCGCUGAUGCUGGAGGAGGAAGGCGCCGUGAUCGUGGGCCUGCUGGUCGGUCUGAACGUCAUCGACGCCAACUUGUGUGUCAAAGGCGAAGACCUGGACUCUCAGGUCGGGGUGAUUGACUUCUCCAUGUACUUAAAGAACGACAUCGAUGAUUACAGGAGCGAAGAGAGGAACAGCCAGAUAGCAUCCAUCUUGGAUCAGAAAAACUAUGUGGAGGAACUUAAUCGGCAACUCAAUUCUACAGUUCACGGACUUCAGGGCAGAGUGGACUCUUUGGAAAAGUCCAACUCGAAACUCAUAGAGGAGUUAGCUAUAGCCAAAAACAACAUCAUUAAACUGCAGGAAGAGAACCAGCAACUCAGGAGUGAAAAUAGCCUGAUUCUUCUGAAGGCACAACAACAUUUAGAGGUAUCUCAAGGCGACGUGUCCGUGGAGAGAGACACGUACAAACAGUCUCGCCAGGGAUUGGACGAGAUGUACAAUGAGGCGCAACGACAGCUGAAAGAGGAGUGCCAGCUCAGACAGGAUGUGGAGAAUGAGCUGGUGGUCCAGGUGUCCAUGAAGCAGGAAAUGGAGCUGGCCAUGAAACUUCUUGAGAAAGAUAUUCACGAAAAACAGGACACGCUAAUCGGUCUCAGACAUCAACUGGAUGAAGUCAAAGCCAUCAAUGUAGAGAUGUACCAGAAAAUGCAGUCGUCCGACGACGAGAUGAAGAAGAAGAACAACAUGAUCAGCCGUCUUGAGGAGAAGACCAAUCAGAUCACGGCCACCAUGAAGCAGUUGGAGCAGAGAUUACAGGAGGCCGAGAGCCACCGCACCACGGCCGAGGAGGGCACCAGACGCUUCAAGGUGGACUUUGCCAACAAGGCCGACAGCCUGCAGCGGCAGAUCGAGCACCGGGAGAAACAGCUGCUGCAGCUGGAGACGGACCUGAAGAUCGAGCGGGAGUGGAGGCAAACGCUGCAGAACGAUCUCCACCGGGAGAGGGAAACGGUGGCUCAGCUCCGGACGCAGGCGCUACAGAUCAACGGCCUCAAGAUGGAGUUCCAUCGGCUCCAGGACGAGAACUUCCAGCUCAAGAGCAUCUGUGAAGACCAAGAACAAGCUCUUGAGGAACUUGGCUCCAAACUUAGCGAGUCCAAAAUGAAGAUUGAGGACAUCAAAGAAGCCAACAAAGCACUUCAGUGCGGCCAGGUGUGGUUGAAAGACAAGGACGCCAGCCGCUGCAAGCUGUGCGAGAAGGAGUUCUCCAUCUCCAGACGCAAACACCACUGUAGGAACUGCGGCGAGAUCUUCUGCAACAGCUGCUCGGACAAUGAACUCCCCCUGCCCGCGUCUCCCAAACCGGUGCGGGUGUGCGACACCUGCCACGCUCUCCUCCUCCAAAGAUGCUCGUCCAAUCCUUCAUGAAAUAUCCCCCUCCCCAACUCGCAGGACAACCUCCCGUCAUCUCUCUGCAAGCAAGCAAGGGUCGAAUGUUCAUGGAUGUUGACAUUUCCUCAACCUUUUCUACUGGAUGUCACCGCUGUUGUGCUGAAGUAUUAAGACACUAGCAAGCGUUUAGAACACAUCGAACGACAAGACACCUCACGGCACUAAAAGAUGACCCCCCCCCACAAUCCUGGCUGUAAAAGGCACACUAAAAGCACUGAAGACCUCUUGACAGACCACACAAUGUUUGCACCAAAAUGAAAUAAGUAUCGCGUUGUUUGAGAAAAGACAAGCAUGUUUGAAUUCGAAUGAAGAUGCACAAUGAAAAGAAAAAAAAAAUGGGAACAUGAAGUUUACUGUCAUUCACCUCAAGGUUGCUGCUCAUAUUCACUCAAGCUUGUGUAAAUACUUUUACAGUGCCAAUACGAAACAUGUAUUAUCAAUACUUUGAGGAUCAUCAUUAGAAUUGUUGAAAGCAGCUCAUUCUCGUUUUUUUUUUUUUUUUUUUUUUUGCUCUUCAACAAGUCUGAUUUACAAGCACGUCGCCGCCGGUUCUAGACAAAAAUGCAGCGGCUGCGACUUCAAGCACCGAGAGGACCGCCUGGCGUUUUUCAUUUGCCAUCUCGGUCCGUUCGCUUCACUGAGGUUCCUGAGACAGCGCUGUCUCUGCUGGUGACAAUAUAGCCUUGAAUUAUUUUUUACAUUUUUGCAACGUAUUUUUGGUUUAUGAAACGUCUGAGGCCUAUACAACUCCCAGGACAAAUCAAGCUGAACAGUUUUUAUAAUACAUCGUAAAGGCUACGUGCUCAUCUGCACUCUGGUUUUGUACUUGAUGCUGACAACUUUGAAGUUGUCAUUUUGUUUUCUAAUUUAUUUGCGUUAACACUUAAAAAGGUAGUAAAGUUUAUUUCUAACCUAGGCCUCAAUUUGUAUACUGUCGCUCAUACAUAAGUCUCAGUACUCGUGCAUUUUUUUUGGUUCUUGUUUAUAUUGUUAAUCAAAGUGAACUUUAUCACCAUAUUGUUACUGAUUGCCAAACACAUGCUGCCUUGAUUAGCAGUUUUGAUUAAAUCAAAUGAUAUAUCUGA